UGCGAGGGCCGGGACGCCGCCUGUGUCGGCGAAGGAUGGAGGGAGGGAGGGGGCUACGGGACCUGCUACUGCGACGGAGGGUGCCGGCGAGCCGGGGACUGCUGCCACGACCACGGCCAGGCUUGCCCGGCAAUUCCCUGUGUUGUGGGGGAGUGGAGUCACUGGAGUGGCUGUGCAGAACAAUGUCAACCUGGGCUGCGGAUACGUAGGCGCUAUGUACAACAGGAGCCUAAAAAUGGUGGGGAACCUUGUCCUGCUCUAGAGGAGAAGGCUGGCUGCCUUGAAUACCUGACCUACCAGGGAGAGGACUGCGGCCACGAACACGUUCCUGCUUUCAUAACUACCUCUGAAUACGGUAAAGAAAGAAAACGACGAGCAGUAUCUUCUCUCUGGCCUUCAGACAAAGAAGCACCUGGAUACUGUGUGGAAUUUAAAACAGAAUCCCUUUCACACCACUGUGCUCUGGAGAAUCGGCCAUAUGCUCGAUGGAUGCAGUACAUACGAGAAGGCCAUACUGUGUGUGUAGCUUGCCAGCCUCCAGCGAUGAAUAGUGACACACAUCGUUGUUCUGGAGAUGGACACAAUGCAGAUGGAGGCAAAAUCUUACACUGGGAAGCAGUUGGCAACUCUCAGUGCCAAGGAACCUGGAAGAAGAUUCGGCAGCUGGAACACUGUUCAUGUCCCCUUGUGCAUAGCUUUAUUUUUACAUAA